AUGACCUCUACUGCCUGCCAGCCCAUCCGUGUGCGGACGCUAGAGAUCCUGUGGCACGGCAGCGAGCGUGAAGAGGAGGCGGUGCAGUUGGGCUUGCAGAGUGUCGCCAUUGAGGGUAUUGUGUCGAUCGACUACAACAGUCAGCAGGAUCGUAUUGUGACUUGUGGUGGUGAUGGUUAUAUACGCCUGUGGCAGCUCCACCCUGCAGCCACCGACAGUUGGCUCGCCAACAGUCAAAGUGACAUGACGGCGUGUGUGAGCUUUGUCGCUGGGAUGCGGACGUCGUGGAUGCCCUUGACGGCGCGUUGGUCUCCACACGGGAGAAUGAUUGCCUCCGCCCAUUGCGACGGGAAAAUUUGUCUGUGGUGGCCAGAGAAGCGUGAGGACGGGAAGAAGGAGGAGGAGUGGAAAGACUAUCGACAUCUCUCUGGCCAUGUGAUUGACGUGUACGACCUGUGCUUUUCACCCGACUCGAGGUACCUUCUUAGUGCCGGUGGAGACGGCAGUGUUGUCAUUCACGACCUUGAGGGCUCCACGGUUCCCGUGGUGCAGCUAACGGAGGUGCACCACAAGUUCUGUCGCGGGGUGGCAUGGGACCCGUGGUGUCGAUACGUCGCGAGUUUCGGCGGGGGGCCCCCGCUGCUGUUCUUCACCCAUACUGCCAAGCCAGCGGGUGCGUCGCGACGCGUGCAUUUGACAGGGCAACGCAAGGCAGCAGGGGACUACAUUGGGGAGUUGUGCGCCACAAUGUUUCGGCGAUUCGGGUGGUCCCCGGAUGGAUCGUUGGUGGCCGUCCCGUACGGGAAAGCGCCGCACCUUCCUCACAGUCACAGUAGUCAGAGCACCAAGGGUCUCAAUGGCAACGGCGGCAGUGAACCGCCUCGGGGGGACGAUAUGAUUCACUGCGUCUACGUGUACACACGCAACGCCCUGGACAAGGUGGCGGCUCGGCUGACUAUCCGCGGUUACUCAGAGGUGCGUGGAGUGCUGUGGGCGCCGUGCUUCCUGCAGCCACUCGACGAAGACGACGACGCCGACGACAGCGGUGGCGGUGGCUGUGGCAGCAAUGGUGUGGGGAAGCACAAGAGAGGCAGGGAGGAAAGCGAAGGAGAACGGGGUGGGGAAGAGAGGCGGCGACGCGUGCUGGCGGAUCGUGGCUCUUGGGGACCGGAGGACUACCGUAUGGCAAUGGCAGUCUGGACGGCGGACGCGGUGGUUGUGUACACAACCGACAGUGCUGUGCGCCACAGUGACUACACAGACCUUCACAUGCGCAGCAUCUCCGACGUGGCGUGGAGCCCCAACGCCAGCUACUUGCUGACCGCCUCGCUUGAUGGCUACAUCUCUGUCAUAGCCACCGGCGGCUCUCUCGGUGUUGCCCACAAACUCCCGCUCUUCUCCACGAAACCUGUGACGGUGGCUCUGUGCAACAUGCUGUCAGAGAUCAGCAGCCUCGGGGAACGGCUCGAACUUGGAAGGAGGUCCGCGACGGACAGUGCGUCGGCGGCAAAGAUUUCCUCUGAUGGUAGUGCCGUGUUGCACGCGCCUGUCAGGAAAAAGAGGAAGUUGGCCCAGGAGCCGCAGCCGCAGCCGCACGAAAAAGAGCCGCCUAGUAAAACAAUACCGCUCAGUGAACUUUCAGAAUUGAUGGAGGACGCCUAA